AUGUCUUACAAUGUAUACAAAACUAACAUGGCUGAUUGCUUAAAUAAACUAAGAGUUUAUGAUCUUAAUCAGCUAUGUAGAAAGUUUUUGUUACCACAACAUGGCAAAAAAGUUGCCAUUGUGGAACGAAUUUUGGAAUACAUUACCGAUGUUGAGAGAGAAGAGCAAAUUUAUGAGUUUAUCCUAGCCAUAAAACCAUCCAUAUUCGAUAUAAUUAAUGGGAAAAGAAUAAAUAGCACACUCAACAAUAGUAAUAUUAACAAUACUCAAAACAAAGUGCAUAACGGUCCAUAUAGUAAUGUACAUAACAGUACGCAUAGCAAUAAUAGCGGUAGUAACAAAUACUUGAGCAGUUGUAAUAACUUCUGUCUAGAUAAUAAUAAUGGAAAUAACAUUUUUUUUUGUAAUAAUAAUGAUAACUUAAAAUAUGCGAACAAUGAAAUUCUCGCAGCAAAAAAGAGUAACACAUCCUCUAUAGCCCGCAAGGGAAAGGCAGUGAAAAUUUACCAAGAGGAUAGCGAUUUUUCUUCAUGCGUAUGCGGAGGCAUGUCAAAAAACAUAAGCAGCAAAAAUGGCAUAGUAAAAUGCAUAGAGUGCAAUAAAUUGCAACACGUAAGUUGCUAUAUGCAAAAUACAUGCAUAAAUAAAGACACAAAUAACUACAAAAUUUUGUGUGUAAUAUGUCGAUUAAAAGAUAUGGAUCCAUUUUAUCCAAUGAAAAAAGUAUUAUGGAUGAAAAGUUUAACAGUCAAUUCGGAAAAGUUAGUUAUAAAUGCUUCCGAUAUAAAAAAUUGGAAGAAUGAAAAUAAAGAAGUUAUCAUAUUUUGUGUAAAUAUUGAUAAAAAAAAUUUAAGCUCAAAUAUUUCUAUAAAACAAGAAUGGCCAAAAACAUUUGUUUUAAAAAUUAAUGGGAAUAUUAUCGAAAAAGUUUUUGAACCAUCGUGGGAACAUAAAAGAAGAGACAGUCCUUUAAAAAUUACUCAUACAUUGAAAGUAGGUCAAAAUAAUAUUGACAUCAAUAUGACAAAUUAUGAAAUUCCUAAAUUAUUUGUUGUAGCUUUUUUAUUAUGUAAAAUAGAAACAGAACAAAGUAUUAUUCAAAAUGUUAUAUCAAAUAGUUCAUUAAACUUUAAAGAUUCAAAGGAGCGAAUAAUUACUAUUCUUUCAACUAAACAUGACGAUGAUGAAGUUAUGUGCAUGGAAGUUAAUAGAAGAAUUAGCCUGAAUUGUCCAUUUGCGUUAGAUAGAAUUGUAAUACCUUGUAGAGGUAUCAAAUGUUGUCAUAUACAAUGUUUUGAUUUGAAAUCCUUUAUUGAUGUAACUAAAAAAACGAAAGCUUUUAAUAAUAGGUGGAAAUGCCCUAUCUGUUCUUUAUAUCUACGACCGAAGGAUUUAGUAAUUGACAUGUUUAUUACAUACAUCUUGACUCAAGUACCAGAUGAUAUUAAAGAAGUAGAAUUGAGUAAAAGUGGAGAAAUAAUUUUUAAUCAAAAAUGUGUAGAAGGAAAGGUCAUCAAACAGAUUGAUGAUGCUGACACAGAUCAUCUGCAAAAGAGCAAGGUGGAAAUUAAGACGGAAUCUUGCACAGAUAACAUGAAUGAAUAUCCACGAAUCAAGGAAGACUCUUUCAAUAGAAACGAAAUUAUUAUAGUAGAUUCAGACCCAGAAGAUAACAACACGAGUACUGCUUAUCAAAAUGUCAGCGUGCAAAAGAAUUAUAACACUGUACAAGAUCAACAAGAAGUUAUAUGCAUCUCAGAUAGUGAAGAUGAAGAUAAUUUUAACUGCACAGCAUAUAAUAGCGAUAAGAAAACAAAAGAGAAAGGCGCCCUUUUAAUUGAAAUGAAAAAAUUUGAAAGUAACAAAAGCAUAAAUGAUUUUUUUAUCCGAAAUAUGAAAAACUUAGAAAAGAGGAGGAAUCUAGUGCCCAAUUCACGCAUGUUAUUUAAUGAUAUGGUUUUGGAUGUUCUAAAUGAUAUUAACAAUAUUCGUGUUAAUGAGAAUAUAUCAACUUGUAAUAUACAAAAUUUUGAUACCAUACAAAAAGAAAGAAUUGCAAAAUUUAAUAGAAAUUUUAACGAUAUUGCAAAUAAUCCCCUUUUAAGUUAUUAUAAUAAAGCGAAUAUAUUAUCAAAGGAUUUAUAUUUCCUCAAUACUAGUUUAGAUUCCUUGAACAUGGAUCCAAUUAAUAACAUCAUUAGCUAUACAGAUUCUGUUGAUCGUGUUGAUUGUCCAGAUCAUGGUGAUAAAAAUAAUUUACAAGCAUCAGAAUUCUCCACAAAUGAUAUAAAGGCCGAUACAUGUGAGAAGAAAGUAAAUAAUCGUGAUGGCAAUGAUAACAAGGGGGAGGACAAUGUAGACCAUGCGAAUGAGAAGGAUGAUCAAACGUGUGCAAAGGAAGACCAUAUAGAUGGAAAGGAAGAGAAUCAGAUCAAUGGUGAAAAUCAUCAAAGGAUUGGCAAAGGUGACCAAAUAAAUGUCAUAGAUGACCAGCUAAUUUGCAGAAAUGGCAAAAUGGAUAACAAGAACCAUGAAGCGAGUGACAAUAUCGGUAGUGAUAACUUCAUUGGCCUGGAUUCACUACUACCAUAUGAUAUUCAAAAAAUAAACGAAACAGACGUUUUAAAUAAAACGAAUCAGAAUUAUGUCAUACAGCACAAUAAAGAAGAGCAAAUUCCUUCCAUGAAAGAGAAUGAAAGUUCUGAUGAGAACAAAAGUAAUUUUCAUUUGAAAGUUGAAGAAAAUAUAUCCCUUAUUGAUAAGGAUGUGUUGGUAAAUAACGAAUUACCUAGGUGUAACGAUUUUGAUGCUUCAAGGGAACUGUAUAGCGAAUUAAAGAAUCCGCUUCAAGAACAAAAUAUCCCUCCAUGUAGUCUGAACAACUCAUUCAUCCAUGAUACGCAAAAUAGAAGCAAAAAAAAAAAAAAAAGGAAAAAAAGUAAUUCACCAGAACAUUUAAGAAAAUAUGAUAGCAUAAAUAGCAAUUUUAACCUUUCUGUAACCAAUUACAAAAACAAACGUGACAGAGCCAAACAGUUAAAAUAUUAUAAUAAUAAGCAACAAAAUUUUAAUAGUAUCCAUAUUAUGAACAAAGCAGAUGAUUUUAUAAACAGAGGGAGACACGUAAAAAAAAUUAAUAAAAAAAAUGAUAAUUUCAAGAACAAAAAAAAAAAAAAAAAAAAGAAAAAAAAAAAGAAACCAGCAUUAGGAAUUUAUAACGAAUACAGGGAUGAUUAA